GAGAGAAAGUCGUUGAUUUAGAGAGAGAGAGAGAGACAACUCGUUUUGGAGAGAGAGAGAGAGAGAGACAACAUACGAAGCCAGUGAGACAGUGUAGUUCGUUAUUAGGUUUACCAGCUGGUCUGAGAGAGAGAGAGGGAGAGAGAGAGAAUGGCCAUGGCUUUGAACCUCUCUCCAUCUCACUCUGCAAUUCCAAGCUUUCACAGCUUCUCAUCAAAUGGCGUCUCCUCACCUCUCCUCUCUCUUCGCAUCGCCUCCUUUCCAUCUGGCCACCACGUUUCUUUGCUCCACCUCUCAAAUUGCAGGCCAAAACCUCUGAUUCAGGUUAAGGCGCAAGCUCAUUCCCCCUCUUCAGAUGGAGGCGAUGGAAACAAAAGCGGUGGCUUUGGUGGAGGAGGAGAUGGAGGAAGUGGGGGUGAUGGUGGUGAUGGAGAUGCUGGUGAGAGAAACAGAAAGGAAGCGAUCCUUGCUUUGGUUAAUCUUGGCAGAUCAAUAGAGAGCUUACCUAAAGAUUUGGCAUCUGCUAUCGAGGCAGGUCAUAUACCUGGUUCUAUUGUGUAUAGAUUCGCAGAGCUCGAGAAAUCGCCCAUUUUUAGGUGGUUGCUUGGGUUUGGGGGGUUUAAAGAGAGGUUAUUGGCUGAUGAUUUGUUCCUGGCUAAGGUAGCUAUGGAGUGUGGAGUCGGAAUCUUUACUAAGACAGCUGCAGAGUAUGAACGCCGCAGAGAAAAUUUUGUCAAAGAGCUGGAUUUCGUUAUUGCUGAUGUGGUUAUGGCCGUAAUUGCAGACUUUAUGCUUGUAUGGCUUCCUGCUCCAACUGUUUCUCUCCGGCCACCUCUUGCAGUUAGUGCGGGACCCAUUGCUAAGUUCUUCCAUAACUGUCCCGACAAUGCUUUCCAGGUUGCCUUGGCCGGAACAUCUUACUCAUUUAUACAACGGGUAGGAGCAAUAAUGCGCAAUGGAGCAAAGCUUUUCGCUGUGGGGACCAGUGCAUCUUUGGUUGGUACAGCUGCAACGAACGCUUUGAUAAAGGCAAGAAAGGCACUGGACAAAAAUUUUGCUGGUGAAGUUGAGGAUGUCCCAAUAGUGUCAACCAGUGUUGCUUAUGGUGUUUACAUGGCUGUGUCCAGCAACCUAAGGUACCAACUCCUGGCUGGUGUUAUUGAGCAGCGAAUAUUGGAACCUUUGCUACAUCAGCACAAGCUCCUGCUGAGUGCUUUAUGCUUUGCAGUUCGAACAGGAAAUACAUUCCUGGGGUCAUUAAUGUGGGUUGACUACGCUCGAUGGGUGGGUAUUCAAAAAGUUCGAGAGUGAUUGAUCAUUGGGGUGGAUUUUUACGUCUCUCAUGGUUUGGCAUUUUUUAUGAUUUGUAUAGAUAUGGAGUAGUCAAAGAAAAAACCAUUUUUUCACCAUGAUUCUUCCAGGGUGCUCUUUAAAGCCCUGUAGUUUUGGCAAAAACAAGGCUAGAAACUUAAGUUUUGAUGGUUUCAGCUGCUUAUUGAAACUGUUAUUUUGGAUUUCAGCCGAGAAUUGGCACCUUAGAAUGAGAAAUAAAAUCAAAAUAAAAAAAAUUUAUACUCCCAUGGGAGUAUACUGUCUAUUUAUCC